AUGUCUGCACCACCACCACCUGCCUUGGAGAUCUUCGCGGAGAACCCAUACGCGGGGAAUCCGGCGCUGUCCCCCAUCGAGGGAGAGGUCCUCUGGGAGUACGCCAAGCUAGCGCAAAACCUGAAGCUGCUCAAACAGAAGACGCAGACGCUUACUGAACAGCCUGAUACUAUACUUCUGGAGCGACUGCGCGCGGUGGAAAACAAGAUGGGCCUGAUUCUAACGCUUUUCAAAGCCUCAGUGUGGGGUGUUAUCAAUGAACAGAAUGUUGCUAAUUCCUUCGAUCUUAAUGAUGAUACAAUUCGUUAG